GCCUUCGUACUCUCCUCGUGCGCUGUUAAUUGCAUACGGCACAUCCCCCGUCUUUGCUGCUGUCAACGGUGCCUCUUGUCGCGUACUCCACAGUAUCGCUUCUCUAAAAACUCCUCUUUACCUUUUGACACCACUCCAGCAACAUUAAACCCGAAGAUGCCGUUCACGCUGUUCACUGGUGAGCACCCCGAGAACGCUCGCACGCAGAAGAUCUGCGUCGCGGCCGCCUUCGCCGGUGUGGAGGUGCGGCCCCACUUUUGCUCCUACGGCGUGGACAACGAGACGGGCGAGUACGCCCGCAACUGCCAUCCGUGCAUGCGCUUCCCAGCCUUGCAGACUGACGAGGGCUCCAUCUUCGAGUCGAACGCCAUUCUCCGCCACAUCGCCCGCUGUGAGAAGACCGGCGCCAAGCUCUACGGUGCCUCGCCGUUCGAGAGCAGUCAGGUGGACAUGUGGCUCGACUUCGCGGCCAGCGAGAUCGACGCGCACACGGUGCCCUACCUCAUGGCCUUUUUUAUGGGUGCUCCGGUCGCUCCGGAUGCUCUGCCCCCGCUGGAGGAGAGCCUGGCCGGUCUGGAGCUGUGGCUGGAGACGCGCACCUUCCUCGUGGGGGAGCGCAUGACCAUCGCGGACAUCUCCGUCGCCUUUGCGCUGCAGUGGGCGUACCGCGCCUGCGUCGAGCACGGCGAGGCCCUCACGAAGAAGUUCAAGAACGUGUACCGGCUGUACAACACGGUGAUGCAGCAGCCCAAGACGGUGGAGGUGCUGAAGCAGUGGGGUGCGACCUUCGGCCCCGCCAAGGCGGCCAAGAAGGCGGAGGAGAAGAAGCCCAAGGCGGAGAAGAAGCCGAAGGCGGCGGAGCACGCGGAGGAGGAGGAGGAGAAGCCGGCGAAGGAGGAGAAGAAGCCGAACCCGCUGGACGCACUGCCGCCCAGCAGCUUCGUGCUCGACGCCUUCAAGCGCGAGUACAGCAACACCGACACCCGCACCGUGGCGGCGCCGUACUUCUUCGCCAACUACGACCCCGCGGGCUACACGUGCUUCUGGUGCCGCUACAAGUACAACGAGGAGAACAAGAUGCAGUUCAUGACGGCGAACCUGGUGCGCGGGUGGUUCCAGCGCAUGGAGCACGUGCGCAAGUACGCCUUCGGCAUUGCGCUGAUCAUCGGCGAGGACAAGAAGCACGACCUUGUGGGCAUGUGGGUGUUCCGCGGCAAGGGCAUGCCGGAGAUCGUGAGCGAGGUGGUGGACACGGAGCUGUUUGUGUGGGAGGAGAUCAAGGACGUGCAGGCGGAGAAGGAGAAGAUCACGGACUACCUGUGCUGGGAGGGCCCGACGAUCCCGCUGCCGGUGCUGGAGGGCCGCUGCUUCAAGUAG